GGACUCUUCAUUUGUCUCCCCAGUUCAAUUAGUUCGUUACAUUUGAGAGAAGAGGGAUGACGGAGUAUUUGUACAAGGUGAUUGUUAUUGGAAACCAAGACGUGGGCAAGACAGCUUUCCUAGACAGAUACGUAAACAAUACGUUCAAUGCAAAUUACAAAAAAACUUUAGGAGUUGAUUACCAGCUGAAAGUGAUACAGUGGGAGAAGUGUACCCUCCGCAUGCAGUUCUGGGACAUUGCUGGUCAGGAGUACACUAAGGUCCUGACUAGAAAUUACUAUAAUGCUGCAAGCGCUUGUAUCAUCGUGUUUGAUAUCACUAAUACCAAGUCGUAUGAAGAUGUUAAGGAGUGGAAAGCUGAGGUAGAUACUAAGUUGGGACAGAUUCCUACGAUUGUACUUGCAAAUAAGGAUCUUAGUGUACUCUGUUUACAGCACGAUUUGGUGGAUAAUAGUUCACUGGAACCAAAGAACGCGUGUGUUGAUGAUAUGGACUUAGAAACGUUAAAAACAUCAAUCCAAGCUACCGAGGUGUUUCAUGUAAGCGCGAAGACUGGUUAUCAAGUGAAAUCGAGCAUGAAGUUAUUAGAGAAAAUCUUGAUGGGAGUCACGAUACCACGCCCUACUGAACCACGCCCUCCUAAAAACAUCAAUGUUCAGAGGAAAGGGAGCGUUGCACCUCCUGGACUUGGAGCCUCUAGAUUCUGUUUAAUGACAGAGUACUUGUACAAAGUUUUGGUACUUGGAAACAACAGGGUCGGGAAAACAGCAUUUCUAGAAAGAUAUAUCAACAACAACUUCAGUGCUCAGUAUAAAACCACUCUAGGAGUGGACUUUCAGCCGAAAGUCAUAAAGUACGAACAUUGUACAUUGCGAAUGCAGUUUUGGGAUAUAGCAGGACAAGAACGGCAGAAAGUGUUGUCAAGAAACUUUUAUAAUGGAGCGAGCGCUUGUAUCAUCGUGUUUGAUAUCACUAAUACCAAGUCGUAUGAAGAUGUUAAGGAGUGGAAAGCUGAGGUAGAUACUAAGUUGGGACAGAUUCCUACGAUUGUACUUGCAAAUAAGCAAGAUCUAGUUGACGACAUCUCUAAUCCAAGGAAAGCUUGUGUUGAUGACAUGGAUCUAGACAUUCUCAAAGAUACGAUAAAAGCAACUGAAGUGUUCCAUGUCAGCGCAAAAACUGGUUAUCAAGUUAAGCAGAGCAUGCAGCUUGUAGAAAAAAUUUUGAUGGGGGUGACGAUCCCAAGACCGCCAAAGACAGGAACUUCAGAUGGUAGCAUCACGUUAGAUAGUCAGACUUCAGUACACCACAACUCCAGAUCAUGUUGCAGCAGUAAUUGAAAUCUGAUAAACCAAAAUACCUAAUAUUGCUUGUUUUCAAUUAUCAAAAGAUACAUAAAAGAUGGGUUUGCCAAUUUUUUGCUUUAUAUCAAACUGAAUCUUAUGGACGAUAGGUACUAUAUAUCGACAGUUGAGACAAUUAAUUGCUAUUUUUCUUUUAUAAAUACAGAUCUUUAAAUGUAGAAACUGUGAAUCCAAUUAUUUCAUCAUUGAUGCAGAAAGAAUAGCAAAUGAUGUUUUGACUAAAACGUUCUGUUACUUCAACU